AUGGCGGACGAUGAUCCUAUUAUAUUAGACGACGAUUCAGAUACAGUGGACUAUUCGGAAGUAAAUAGUACUGUGAAGGUGGAAAAUGUCGCAAAAACGAAUUGGAUUUCAAGGUUACCGUACGAAGAAGAGGUUAUGCUCGAUGCCUUUAUGGACGAUGUGGUUUUUAUUACUGCAAGGUAGGUUUUUUUACUAAAAACGUAAUGUUAACUGUGAUUAUCAAGCGAUGUAUUGUAAUUUUUACUUUAGAGGAUUGGGUAUGGAAAGACUGUUCUUAAAUCACCUACAUUUGUAUUCGGAUCCAGCGUUCAGUGUGCUGGUGAUUAACACAGAAGCAGAAGAUCAACAUUUUUACAUUGAAAAGCUGAACACACUUAAUCCAUCGGCUCCGCCAAGACUUUUGACCGCUGAUGUUUUGAUAAAGGACCGGUAAGAAAUUUGUUAUUAUGACUUUAUUUAACGUUAAAUUUUGGCCUUUAAGGACUAAACAGUGAAAUCUUUUUGGUAUCAUUCUCAAUAGAGUGAUGUUUUCUUUAUAAUGACAAUGACGGCUUUUUGACAGCCAUUUUUAAUAGAGCUUUUAUUAAAAAGUACGUGGGUCAAGGGUGGGUAGCGUGACGUCCUAGUUAUAAAGAAGAACUGCACCAUCCCGUUGAGUGUCAUAGUAAAGAGGUUUGACUGUAUAUAUUUGCGUUAUACUUAUUGGCGUGGGUUAAUUGUUUUUAGUGAGAAGAUCUACAAAGGUGGAGGAGUUCAAUUUGUAACGUCUAGGAUAUUAAUGGUCGACUUGUUAACCGACAAAGUUCCAUUGGACAGAAUAGCUGGUAUUUUGGUAUACAAUGCUCAUCAGUAAGUGUGAUGUAAUUUAGUGAUCUUAUAGUCUUGUUUUGUUGUAAUUUAUGUCAUUUUAUUUAUGUUGUUAGUACUAUAUCUAUGUUUACAAAUAUUAUAUUACAGAUAACACAUUUAAUAACAUGUAAUCGUAUUUUAUUUUUAUUAGGCUGUUUAAAUAAUUCUGUGUUCUCAACCCCGAAAAUUUGCUUUGAGAGUGGGCACAGAAUUAUUUGAAUAGCCUAAUAAUUAAAAAUUAAUUUUGCUUUUUAAAUUUUGAAUAUAUAACCCUUGAAUUAUAUACUUUUAAUUUGUACCUCGGACGAAAACCUUAAAUUCUUGUCCACGAAAAAUCUCUCAUAAUUUUGUGCGUUCUCUAAUUUUUCUCUAAUGCCGACGGCAAUCAGACAGAAAUAGGGAUCACUUAAAAUUAUGAGAAUUUUUUCGUGGGCAAGAAUUUAAGGUUUUCGUCAAAGGCACAAAUUAAAAGUAUAUAAUUCAAGGGUUAUAUGAUUUCAGAGCCUUAAAUACCUUCCAAGAAACCUUCAUCUUGAGGUUGUUUCGAGAAAAGAAACCUGAUGGGUUUGUCAAAUGUUUUACUGAUAUGCCAACAAUCAUUACUAGUGGUGGUAUGGGACAACUGCAACGACUGGUCAACAGAUUAUACGUCAAAAAGCUAAGGAUUCUGCCGCGAUUCGAGGAAUCAAUUAAACGAGACUUUGACAAUGCGGCGGUGAGUGAUAAAAAAGAAUAGUUUAGCAAAAAAAUGUUUUUUUUGUAUUGGUUUUUCACAUAAUUAUGUGCUUCCUUAUCACAAUAAUAAUUUUAUAUAUAGGCAAAGCUUUACUGUGAUAUAAAAUCGAAUUUAAAGUGAACUUUGUGAAUCUUAUCUUUAGUUAAUUGCAUGAAUUACAGCCAAACUUCAUCGAAAUGUCAAUUGAUCUACCUGCUAAUCAACGAAGAAUCCGAGCUCUACUGGUCGAUAUUAUUGGCAUUUGCAUACGAGAGUUAAAGCAAUGCACACAAGGACUCGAUGUACGUUAUGUUUUGGGCUUUACAUCUUUAAAAUGAAGUUUAUGACUAGUUAAAUGGGGUAAACUUGAAAAAUAUGAAAUAACAAUACAUUUUUUAUUCCACAUGAUAACAAAUACUUUAAAAUGUUCAAAACAACAUAUUUCAGCUUGAAAUGGACAUAGAAACUGUGUCUCCAUCAGCAGCGCUACGAAUAACAGUGAUGGAACUGCAGUUACGCAGUAAAACCCUCUUACUGACUGAUCGUCAAGAGCGACUUUUGAAUGAUCUUCGGAUUCUAAGAAGAACACUGAAGACAUUUGAGGAUUUGGAUCCGGCAUCUGUUCAUAAAAUACUGUACUUUUACAAAUGUAACCAGGAGUAUAUUGAGAACAACAGCGGAUGGUUAAAUACUCCAACAGCUUCCAAGAUAUUCAUGGGGAUUGAUGCGUUAUGCUCUUCUAAAACUCUCAAAGGCGAUGUUUUGAUGAUUCGUAAGAGAUUUUGCUUGAAAUUUAGCUGAUUUUAAAAUAAAAAGCUUAAGGAUUUUAUUAAGAUAAUUGAAAGGUCAAUCUUAACGUUUCAUGGAUAUUUUAGUAGGCAUUUUGAUGAUUUUUACAUGUAAAACAUAAUUAUUUAAGCUCCACCCAAAUGGACAGCCUUAUCAGAUGUUCUAAAGGAAAUUCAAGAAAAGCUAAAGGAUUCAAACCUCGAUUCAGCGACGAAAGAAGCUCCAGUGUUAGUGUUCUGCUCGAGUGAAGCGACCUGUCGACAGUUGAUUGAUGUUUGCAAAUUCGGAAUACAGAAAAUGGCAUGGCUACAAACCCAAGUUUAUUUUCAUGAGCUGAAGAGAUCUUACAGAACACCUGAACCUGCCGAGGAACCACUCUGGUCAACUACGAACUUGGCUUACUACGAUGACCAGGUCUUGGAGAAGGUAAGAGUUGAGAUGAAAAAUAGGGAUAAUAGGUAAAAAAAUUAAUGGCAACUGGUCUUACAAGUUUAAAAACAUGAAGAAAAUAGUUUUUGUUAUGAUUUUCAUCUGAUUACAUUAAGAAAGUUUGUAAAAAUUUAACUUUUUGGCGAUUCAAAUAAAUUUACAAGUUUAUCAAUUCAUCUCCAUCAACAAAAACCUUUUUCUUUUACAUCACUUUGUGAUUAUAAGAUAAUAUUCUCUUCUUCAGGACAAGAAAAUCCUAAUGGAAGAGGUGAAAAAGGUCCAGAAAGCGCAGACAAGAACCAAACGUCGCAAGACAUCAAUCAAAUCCGAUGUUCCAGACCCAAAGCAGCCCAAAUUGGUCAAUUUUGGCCUAAUUCGACACGCCGAAAAAUUGAAGGAGAAACGGCCGAAAAAGGUUGAGGUAGGUUAUUGUCGUCUGAUUGAUGAAAGAAAACAUGUUUUGUGGUCUUUCAAGCUUGUACUUUGUGGGACAAAGUUAUAGAAAAUUGCAGAAAAUAUCUAGGUAGCUCAAAUUCAAACAUUUAUUAAAAACAUAGCUAUUGUUGCGUAUUUUACAUCGUAAAUUUUGUCUUGGAAAGAAAAUUUUACAUUUUUUAAAAAAUUAGAUUAAAUUCAAAUUAUUAGGUUGUUCAGAUAAUUCUGAGCUCCUUAACUUCGGAAAUUUGUUUUGAAAGAAGGCACAGAAGUAUUAGAACUACCUAA